CAAGGUUCUUACCCCCAUUUCUCUUUUGCUAUAGCUUCGGUUCGAUUGAUGAAUAAAAUGCAGAUAGUGUUUUAAUUCUACGACGGUCUUAAUCUUUUCCUAAGUUUCUCCGAUAAUGGCUAGCAGUUUUAUGAACCCCUGCUAUCUGUAAUUAAUCAAUUUCAUGGUACGCACAGAGACUUUCUCGUCAAUUUUCUAAAAGGUUUCUCCACAACCACGAUAUAAUAAGGAAUUUUCGGCUGCUACCAGUUCAUUAUGUCAAAAGAAGGAACUUAUGCGCGUGAGGAGCUACGGAUGGAUCAAGGACAAAGUAGUGGAAUAUCAACCUCAAAUCCUUCCAUAGGUGGAACUAAUGGUUUUGGCUUUGAUGGAAUGAUCUCAAACAACCCUACUGCAUCUUUUGGUAAAAGGUCGCGACCUAUGUUUGAAUUUGAUGUUGUUGGGAACCCUGUGGUUAUUAAUAAUGCUCUACACCAACAAGAAAGAGCUUCAACAGUAGCAGUACCACAGAUUCUCCCUCCUUUUGUCCAGGGAGAAUUAGAGAGGGGUUUCCAAGCUCCAGAGCAAUCUAGUUUGUUCCAUGCCUCUCAAAACACUCUUCACCCUGAACUAUACUAUCAGCUUGGGAGUAUGGGACCAAACUAUGCUGUUGCUUCACCAACUGCUGUAACUAGUUUGGGAAAUGGUAAUUACAAUCUACCAACAUCAAACUUUACAGCACAGAUGCACGGAGAGUCUUCUUCAAGUGUUCAACUGCCCCAAACUCAUGAAUCAUGUCCACAAAACCCACUGGGAUUUGCAAAUUAUGGUGCACAAGGAUCUUGCUUUCCGACGACACAGUGGAAAAAUAAUCCCAAUUUGCAGCAGCCUGCAGAGUCUCAACUAUCCACUGGCCUGAGGACCCUGGAGAUGAUGCAGUCCGGAGGAUUAAUAAGCAGCUAUUCUCUUGGUGGAAGGUCCUCAUCCAAUAGUGAAUCUCAAUCCCCAAACACUCAACAACAGCAAGGACCGAUUGGCAAUAUUCAUCAUAUUCCCUAUCCACGUGAAAUGGGAGAGUCAUCAUCGAGGAAUGUGAAGAUGAAAAUGACUUUGUCAGAUGACAAUCAACCAUCAACUGAGCUUCAAAUGGGUAGCUUGCAUGAUGCAACUACUCAAGGCAAUGGAAACCCUCAGCCACCAAGGCCUGUGAGAUACUCACUUUAUGAUCCAAUGUAUGAACAAAUGGGCUUUCCCGUGGAUCCCCAUCUGAGGAUGUUCUUUGGAAGGAAGCGUAGACAGUGUAACAUGUAAGAUUUGCGUUGAUUGAAUGCAUUGACUUCUUGUUCACAAGAAAGUUGCCAUAUACUAUAUAUUAUUUGAGUCUUGAAAAAAAAAAAACGAACUUAUUGAGAUUUAAUUUUAUUGUGUUGGUACUUGGCCAUCAUACUUUGGCCAUGAUACAACUUUGAUGCAUGUUCGAGGAUUUUAUUUGGUAUUAAGACUCGUAGAGUUUUC